AUGGAAGAAACAUUUGUUCCUUUUCGCGGGAUUAAGAAUGACUUCAAAGCAAGAAUUAUGUGCUACAAACAAGAUUGGACCAGUGGAUUUCGCGCAGGUGCAAGGAUCCUUGCACCAACUACAUACAUAUUUUUUGCUUCUGCAAUUCCUGUUAUUUCUUUUGGGGAGCAACUCGAGAGAAGUACUGAUGGAACUCUCACUGCUGUGCAGACUCUUGCAUCAACUGCACUAUGUGGUAUUGUCCACUCGGUUAUUGGAGGGCAACCUCUCCUCAUACUAGGUGUAGCCGAGCCAACGGUUCUGAUGUAUACAUUCAUGUACAAUUUUGCGAAAGAUCGCGAGGAUUUAGGACACAAAUUGUUCUUGCCUUGGACUGGAUGGGUGUGCGUUUGGACUGCACUGUUGCUGUUCUUGCUGGCUAUUCUCGGUGCAUGCUCCAUAAUCAACCGGUUCACGCGCCUUACUGGUGAACUAUUUGGUCUGUUGAUUGCAAUGCUCUUUAUGCAGCAGGCUAUAAAGGGACUUGUGGAAGAGUUUGGUGUACCAAAGACACAGACAGAAGGUACCAAUCAGAUUGCACUCCAAUCCUCUUGGCUGUUUGGCAAUGGCAUGUUUGCUUUAGUUUUAUCGUUUGGCCUUCUUUUUACCGGUCUAGGAAGCCGCAAGGCUAGAUCCUGGCGUUACGGGACAGGUUGGCUACGAGGAUUUAUAGCUGAUUACGGUGUCCCCUUAAUGAUUCUUGUAUGGACUGCUGUAUCUUAUAUACCUGUCAACAAGGUCCCAAGGGGAGUCCCGAGGCGACUUUUCAGUCCAAAUCCAUGGUCUCCUGGUGCAUACUCAAAUUGGACUGUUGUAAAGGAAAUGUUGAAUGUUCCUCUAUUGUACAUUAUCGGAGCAUUUAUACCAGCGACUAUGAUUGCCGUGCUUUACUACUUUGAUCACAGUGUUGCAUCACAACUCGCACAGCAAAAGGAGUUCAAUCUAAGAAAACCUUCGUCUUAUCACUAUGACUUACUACUACUUGGAUUCUUGACCUUAUUCUGUGGGCUUAUUGGAAUCCCUCCUUCCAACGGCGUGAUUCCGCAAUCUCCAAUGCAUACCAAGAGCUUAGCUACUCUAAAACAUCAGAUUUUACGGCAUAAGCUUGUCUCUACUGCACGGACGAGCAUGGAGAAAAACAUGAACCUGAGUCAGUUUUACGAAAGUAUGAAAGAAGCAUAUGACGUAAUGCAGACACCAUUGGUUUCCCAAAUGCCACCCACCUUGGGGCUUAAAGAGUUGAAGGAGUCUACGGUCGCACUGGCUUCAAGUCAUGGAUACAUUGAUGCUCCUGUUGAUGAAAUCGUCUUUGAUGUGAAUAAGGAUAUUGAUGACCUUAUGCCAGUUGAAGUUAAAGAGCAGCGCCUCAGCAAUCUACUACAGGCAUCGAUGGUUGCGGCUUGUGUUGCUGCUAUGCCUCUUUUGAAGAAGAUACCAACUUCGGUUCUUUGGGGUUACUUUGCCUUCAUGGCAAUUGAAAGCUUGCCGGGAAAUCAGUUUUGGGAGAGAAUAUUGUACCUUUUCACUGCUCCAAGUCGAAGAUACAAACUGCUGGAGGAACACCAUGCCACUUUUGUUGAGACUGUGCCUUUGAAAGCAAUUGCUCUGUUUACUCUGUUCCAGACAGCUUACUUGCUUCUCUGCUUUGGCAUAACCUGGAUACCCAUCGCCGGGGUCCUCUUUCCAUUGUUAAUCAUGCUUCUUGUCCCGGUUCGGCAAUAUUUUCUUCCGCGUUUUUUCAAAGGACCCCAUCUUCAAGAGUUGGACGCAGCAUCAUACGAGGAAGCACCCGCCAUUGCUUUCAACAUGUCCUUUGAUGAUCUAAGUAACCAUGGAACGUCAGUUAAUGUCAGUGGUGGAGAAAUUCUUGAUGAGAUUAUCACGAGGAGUCGCGGAGAGAUACGUCGCACUCAAAGCUCUAAAGCAUCUAGUUCAACUGCAACACCAAUAGGAGGAGAUAUAAGACCUGCUAAUAGCCCGCAAAUAUCACAAAUGAUUCCUAGCCCUCGAGUAACCGCAUUGAGAGGGGAAAGCAGCAGCAUAGGAUCAAACGGAAAGGAGUUAAAGUUAAAGCAAAUUCCUUGA